AUGUUUGCUAUUCCUUUACUAGGUCUUAAGAUUUUUAGUCUUCUCGAAAAAACGAAAAGUUCGUAUGGGCUGGCUCGCAGUAUACACUACUUUGGCAAUAUAGCUUACGAGCAGGAUAUAACUAUUGAAUUCUACUGCGUACCAGUCAGCCAGGAAAAUACGGCCCCCGAAUACAGACAACUUACAAGCAUUCAUAGCUCCGCACUCCACUACCCCAGUUAG